GUGUCAUCUGCUUCCUCCUCUUUGAAAGGGCCCCCCUGGGAGGUCGGGUACCCCAGGUUCCCCCGGACCCCCCGGAGUCCCGACUGCCUUACCAAUUGUCGGAGAUAUGGGAGCCCUGCUAAAGAACGCCUGCAGUGUGUGCCAGACCAGGCUCCCCGGCCUGCCCGGGCAGAAGGGCGAGAAGGGCUCCCUAGGAGCUGCUGGAGUGCAGGGUGUGGAGGGCGAAAAGGGCGACCAGGGCGUGAGGGGAGCCAUGGGGAACCCGGGGAAGGAGGGACCGAAGGGGGUCAAAGGAGAGAGGGGCUUCCCGGGCCCCACGGGGGACAAAGGCGAUGAGGGGACUCCCGGAGUACCAGGACUUCCAGGGGUGACAGGAAGAACGGGUUCCCCAGGGAUUAUGGGCCGGUCUGGUCCCGGGGGUCAAAGUGGAUCAAAAGGGGACAAGGGGACUGAAGGCCAAACGGGCCGACCAGGACUUCCUGGGCCUCCCGGUGUUCCCAUUGUGGAGGGGAACGGGAUGAGCAGCCUCUACAAGCUCCAGAGCGGCGGGGCCGUCCUGGGACCCCCCGGAGCGCCCGGUGCACCGGGUCCCAAAGGAGACGACGGCAUCGUGGGGGAGCCCGGCCCCAUGGGAUUGCCUGGGCUUGAAGGACUGCCUGGUGCGAAGGGUGACGUCGGUCUGCCUGGUCCCCUUGGAGUUCAAGGCCCUACAGUAAGCACAGCCUCCUCCGUUUGUUAGGAUUCUCUUGUAUUGAUCGCCGUUAAUGGAUCCUCAACAGAUUACCCUAAGCGCACACGCUCCGCUCUCCAGACAGAAGCACGCUAACUUAUUAGCUGUCACGAUACAUCGACAAAGUCGGCCUUAUGAAAAUAAUAAUAAUGAUGAUGAAGUUGGUUUUGUUUGCACACACACAUGCU